GUAAAUAGCCAGGAAAGAAACAAAGCCCCUGUUGCAGUUCUUGUGCCUUUAUCUUUAGGAAAAUUCUUGAAAUCUUUUCAUUUGAAGAUUUUGACGUAAGAUCUUCCAAGUGUCGAGGAUAUUUGCACUGCCACAAUAAUGUUACCAUCGAAAACAGGCAUAAGGGAGUCAUUUAGAUAAAUUCAAGUUCUACGAAAUGGUCUGCACCAAGAAGCUGUUGCCAAAAGGCAUCCAAAUUCACCCAUUAGGGUUACUCUUGAUCGCUUUGGGAUGCUCUAUAACUAUUAUGCUCCACAACUUGGCGCUGAUGAAAUCAGAACAUGAAGAAGAUGAAAAAGGAGAAGGACAAGGAGAAGAGAAGGGAGGACCAGAAUCAGGAGUAGGAGAGGAGGAUGGUGAAGAGGGAGAUAAAGCUGGUAGAGAGGGAGGUGAAGCUGCUGGAGAGAGAGAUGAAGCUGGAGGGGAAGAGGAACAAGGAGAUGCGGGUGAAUGAAUGGUGACGGUGUGAAGAUGUUGGAAAAUUAUUGAAAUUUGAAGUGACCUUUUAUGUAUUGUCUAUAAUAAAUAUUCUCAAAAUCAAGUUACCCCAACCUUCA